UAUUUUCGAUGGCGGCGCCUCCGCAGCGCCCAAGAUGGCGGCGCCUGAGAGGAAAGCGCCAUGAAGGCGGCGCGCGGAGGGCGGCAGGCGACGCUGUUCGAGGCCUGGGGCGCCCGGCCCGAUCCCGGGGAAGAAGACGGGGAGGACGAUGAAGACGAGGCGCUGCUGCUGGCGGCGGCGGAGGAGGCGGAGGCGCGGCCGGGGGGCUUCGUGGCGGGCCCGGCGGGGCGGCUGUGGCUCUUCCCCGGCGGGCCCGGCCUGGAGACGCGGCCCUACCAGGUGCGGGCGGUGCGGGCGGCGCUGCUGGGCAACACGCUCCUGUGCCUGCCCACGGGCCUGGGCAAGACGCUGGUGGCGGCCGCCGUGCUGCACAACUUCUCCCGCUGGUUCCCCGCCGGGAAGGCCCUCUUCUUGGCCCCCACACGGCCCCUGGUCGCCCAGCAGCGCCGCGCAUGCGCCAGGCUCAUGGGCCUCCCCGCCCGGGACGCCGCCCAGGUCACCGGAGGCACUUCAAUCGCUGACCGGAAGGAGCUCUGGCGCCACAAGAAGGUCUUCUUCCUGACACCUCAAAUCCUGGUCAACGAUCUCUCCCGAGGGAUCUGCCCGGCUGCAGAAGUGAAGUGCCUGGUGCUCGACGAAGCCCACAGGGCGCUGGGGAAUUAUGCAUAUUGCCAGGUGGUGAAGGAAUUAUGCAAAUACACCCAUGAGUUCCGGAUCUUGGCUCUGACGGCCACCCCUGGCAGCGAUGCAAAGGCCGUCCAGCAAGUGGUUUCCAACCUGCUGAUUUCGCACAUCGAGCUCUGUACGGAAGACUCUCCUGACAUCCAGCCUUACUCUCACGAGCGGCGCGUUGAGAAGACCGUGGUCCCGCUGGGAAAAGAGCUGGCCGGGGUCCAAGCAGCGUACAUCCGGGUCCUGGAAGCAUUUGCCGGCCGGCUGACCAGCCUGCGGGCCUUGUCCCAGCGUGACAUCUCUUCUCUCACCAAAUACCAGAUCAUCCUGGCCCGGGACCAGUUUCGGAAGAACCCAGCUUCACACUUUACGGGAAAGCAGCAAGGAGCCAUAGAAGGCGACUUUGCCCUUUGCAUCAGCCUGUAUCAUGGCUAUGAGCUGUUGCUGCAGAUGGGGAUGCGUUCGCUCUAUAUCUUCUUGACGGGAAUCAUGGAUGGAUCGAAAGGCAUGACGCGUGCCAGGAAUGAACUUGGGCGCAACGAGGACUUUGUGACGUUGUACAGUCAGCUGGAAAGCAUGUUUGCAGACACAAGUGCGCCUGCCGCAAAUGGCAGCAAUGAAGUUCCAGAAACUGGAAGCAAGAAGCCAUUUGUUUAUGGCCACCCAAAGCUGAAGAAAUUAGAAGAGGUCGUGACAGAGCAUUUCCAGUCCUGGAAUGAGAACGCAGGCCAGACGCGGGUGAUGAUCUUCUCCUCCUUCCGCGACAGCGUCCAGGAAAUUGCGGAGAUGCUCAGCCGGCACCACCCCCUCCUGAGGGUCAUGACCUUCGUGGGCCAUUCGGUGGGCAGAGGCAAGGGCAGCGGCAGUGGGGGCAGCAGCAGGGGCUUCACGCAGAAGGAGCAGCUGGAGGUGGUGAAGCGCUUCCGCGAGGGCGGCUACAACACCUUGGUCUCCACCUGUGUGGGAGAAGAAGGCCUGGACAUCGGGGAGGUCGACCUCAUUGUCUGCUUCGACGCCCAGAAGAGCCCCAUCCGCCUGGUGCAGCGCAUGGGACGGACGGGGCGCAAGCGGCAGGGGCGCAUCGUGGUCAUCCUCUCCGAAGGACGGGAAGAGCGGACUUACAACCAAAGCCAGUCCAACAGAAAGAGUCUCCUCAAAGCUCUCGCCGAGAACAAGGGGCUCCGCUUGUACCAGCACAGUCCGCGCAUGAUUCCGGAAGGCAUAGACCCACAGAUGCACCUGGUGGUCAUCGCGCCCAAAGAGGAGGAGGAGGAGGAGGAGGAGGAAGCAGAGAACACCAAAGGGGACACUUUACUCCAGCCUUGGCUUCCCUUUUCCGCUGGCACAGGAGGAAAGCAGCCGCGUCCUUCCGAAGGGUGGGGCCUUUCUCCAGAAGAGUUUGAAAGAUGGCGCCGGUUGUAUAAAUUAGAACCUGGGGAUGGCAUUAAGAUGCCCGCACUGCCUCGAAGCCGCUUUGAAACUUUCCCAGAUGAGGAGACGGAAAGCGUACCUGUGGCCGAAGAGGUCCGUGUGCUUUCCUUGACCGAAUGGAGCCUCUGGCAGAGCCGCCCUUUCCCGACUGUCCUGGUGGACCAUUCGGGCCGUUGCCAACACUUCAUUGGCCUCAUGGACAUGAUAGAGCAGAUGCGGCACGAGGAGGGAGACUGCAGCUAUGAGAAGGAAAUCCGGCCUUAUCUUCACUGGGAAGAUGUGCACAUCUCGGGCGUUCAGAAGAAGAAAAGCGGCUGCGAUACUGCAAUCGCCCAGAAGACCUCCAAGUCCCGAAGAACUGCCUUGGAUGCCUCCAAACGCAGCUCCUCUUCUUUCGCAGAGAUGGACACAGAAUGGGCCGCUCUCUUUAAGCCCAACAGCGUCAAAGCUGCGAGCAGGGCCCACGUGCGGACAGCAGCCCCUUCCACCCGGGCUUCAGAGGGCAUUGGCUCUUCCGAUACCUUCUUAGCAAACAAUUCUGAGGACCCAAGAUGGGCAGAAAAGGAUGGAGAAAGCAUGGGACAGAAUGACAAAACAAACGCUCUCCAAAGAGGCACGUCUCAUUGUGGAAGUGAAGGAUCCAGAGGAUUUCAGAGUCACCCCGAAGAAGCAGAAGAGAGGAUCCCAGAGAAUGGACACAGUGUGGAUUCUGGCUGUGGCCGUCUUGCAGAAGAAAGCUCCCCCGCUUCCUCCCUGUUUUACUUACCCGAAUCAGAGACAGACUUGUUUGCAGGUACAGAUGCGGGUGAGGGCCCUCUUUGUGGAGAAGACAUCCUCAGAGCAGUUGCCAAGCUCCUGUCCCGGUCCCCUCCUUCCCUGAAGGAGAUCUUUGAUUCUGAGGAAAGGAGGAAUGACGAAGAACGACAGAGAGGCUCCGGGCAGAAAUCUGGUUCCAGUCUGUCUCUUGGCCCCUUGCCUUCAGAAAACCCGGUUCCUUUAAAAAAUCCACCCAGCGCACCUGACAGCAUCUCUGGACAUAGUGAUGUCCAUGCACUUGGCCCCUUGAACUUCCAUUUGGAAACAAACCUCGCUUCCAGUCCUUCCGUUGGCAAGACGAGCGCUCUCGAUUGGGAUGAGCUGUUUGAUAAUAGUAGUGAAGAAGAGAUUGGGGUCCUAGAGGGAAACCUGCCUGUGACAAAACACUGUCUAAAGAUGGGAAAGGAUGGCGAUGAAGAGCCUCAAGGGUCCUGUACAAAGUCUGGGAGAAAUAUGACCCCGGAUCAAGCAGUUACGCAUUCCGUAGAGGAAGAAUGUUUAUCGGAGAACGCACAUUCACCCAUUGGGAAAGGGAAGAGGCCUUUGGUGAUUUCAGACUUGUGUAGUCAACCCAAUAGUCAAGCCAUAGGGACACUUGAAUGGCCGUCUUGCGAUGACCACGUUCAAGUCACCCACCAAGAACCCGCAGAUUCACUGGUCCUUUAUGGAGAAGAGACUUUAGAGCCAGCUGGUGAUGUUUGUACCGCAAAGGAAGGGAAGCCGGAGCUUCACGAAGGUCUCUUUGAUGCGUCUCAGGAGUUGUUCUCUGUCAAUUUUGACCUUGGCUUCUCUAUCCAGGAAUCAGAGGAAGAGGAAGCGAGAGACGGAAGAGAUGCCACACCUGGCUUCCUUGGUGCUGAUAUUUCCCCUUUGGGGAACGUGGCCAGGAAAUCCCCACCAACUUCCAGCGAGGGAUGCUUCGGCCGGACAAAGUCCUCCACUCCGUUGCACCCGCCGGACCCGCGCUCUGCCCUGCCGCCCAUUGAAAGCGUGAUCCCCGUGACUUCCCCUCUGACUCCAGCCGGACUAAAACAGCACCCGUCCUUCCAUGCUGCACAGCCUGAGUUUUCCACACCAAGACGGAGGCCGGAGGGGCCUUUGAAAGGAACCCUGGGUGGUCUGCCUUCUAGGAAGAGGGAGAGAAGCCCACCCGGAGCGGUGCCGAGCCAAGCCCAAAGCAGCCUGGUCAAAGUCUUGGCCAAGUCAGCUUUUCCAGGAGAGAAAGCAAAGGGAAAGGCGGAGAAGGAAAGCCUGAAGGGCUCCAUCGUGCUGCUCCCUGCUCAAGCAGGGCCCGGCACUGACAGCGAAGAGGACAUUGUCUUUCUCAGGAAGAAUAAAAAGAAAAGAACCAUUCUGACGUCUCCAAAUAACAACAGCGGCGACGUUGAGUCACCGAUUCACACCAUCAAGAAGCGGAGACGUCCCCUCAUUGCGUCAGAUUUGUCCAGCGAUGAAAACACAGAUUUCACUGAGAAACCCAACCAAGUGCCGAGGGAUGUGAACAGCGGGAGCAAGAGGCCAGUUCCAGGUGCAAAAAGGGAGAAGAGGAGGAAGGGCAGGGCUGGGCUGCAGGAGGCCGCCCGGUGCUUCAUUGAGGAGGAGGCCGCCCUUUCCGAAGAGGGAUCCGCGGGGGUCUCUUCGGACGAGAGCCUGACCUCCGAAGACGCAAUGAGCAGCUCCAUCGCCCAGUUCCUGAAUGACGAGACACAAGACCUGAAUGAGUCUGAGAUGCAAGGCGUCUACCUGGAAUCGGUGCGCAGCCCAGCCGUGGGCAACCGGUACAAGAUGGUGAUGCGCAAAGGAGGGCACCAUGCGCUGACCGUCUUCUCUCAGGUUCCGGAGCAGGACGAGAGCUAUUUGGCCGACAGUUUCUGCGUUGAGGACAAUGUGGAGGACAACUCUGGCGUCGGCUCCUGUGAGGAGGAGGAGGAGGAAGUGCACAUCAAUUUUGACCUGUUGGAGGAGGAGAGCUUUGCAAAUGGGAGGAAACUGUACUGCACUCGCCGUCGGAAGAAGCUGAAGUGCAUGGAAGAGGCAAAGGGUGCUCCCUCCUUGCCAAGGAGACCCUCCCGGGUCCGGAUCCUGGAAGACUCCAGCGAAGACGAGGGAGAAGUUGGUAGAGAAGAGAAGGGUUCCCACGCGACUCCAUCCCUGGAGCCCCACCGGACAUUGUCCCCUCGGCCCCCGGAAAGCAGGGCCCACCGCCUCCUGAAGCUGAAGGCUUCCCUGUCGGAAGAGCUGGACUUCCUCCCUCUGCGCAAAAGCCACGGCCAGAAGGAGUCCAUGGCUGGAGACCUACGGGAUCCCACCAAGGUGGAAAGGCCUUCGGGUGCCUCCUUCUCUUCUGCUUUGGCCGCCUGCCCUUCCUCUUCCUCCCUGAAGGACCCGGCCGCCCUGUGCAUCCUAGCGGACAGCCGCGAGAUCUCCUCUGGUCCGGAGGUCAUCUCCACCCUGAAGGCCGCCCACGGGGUCAAGGUGCAGGUCUGCUCCCUGGGCGUCUGCGAUUAUGUGGUCAGCCACCGGAUGGCGGUGGAGAGGAAGUCCCCGGCGGAGCUCCUCCACCCUGCGCAGCGGAGCAGAGCGGCCCUGAAGGUGCAGGAGAUCAGGAGGAAGUUUGACCGGAUCUGUGUCAUCGUGGAGAAAGAGAGGCCCAAGUCAGGAGAGGCCUGCAGGGCUUUUCGCCGGACCCAGCACUACGACGGCAUCCUGUCGGCCUUGGUCCGGGCCGGGGUCCGCCUCCUCUUCAGCUCUGGCCAGGAAGAGACGGCCGGCCUGCUGAAGGAGCUGGCUUUGGUGGAGCAGCGGAAGGAGGUGGGCAUCGCGUGGCCAGCGGUUGAGGUCACACCACGUCAGGAAGGGGCCCUGCGCUUCUACCUGAGCAUCCCUUGCGUGGGGCACCCGCUGGCCCUGGCCCUCUGCCACGCUUUCCGCUCCAUCCGGGAGGCUGCCAAUAGCUCUCCCAGUGAGAUGGCGGCCCGCACCCAGGUGAGCCAGCAGAAGGCGGAGGAAGUCUUCCAGUACCUGCGGCACCCUUUCGAUGCCCAAAUGCUGCCCAACGGGAGCCUCUGACUGGCCCACGGACCUUGGAAGCAAAUGCACUUUACUGUAAGAUAUGUAAAUAAACUUGGACACAGAAAAGAG